UCUGUCUUUUUUCCUCUCUGAAAGUGAGCCAGUGGGCAGAAUGACCUUCAACCACACCCACAGGGAACACAAACAAAAGAGAGGGGACAGUAGCAGAAUGGAGAAGAAAAUGGGAUAAACAUGAGAGCAGCAAAAAGAAGCCGGAUAAAGAACAAAACAAAACCCCACGCUGAAGUGAGGAAAAUGGAAAAUCUCUCUUCUCUUGGAAGCCAGCGGAGCGCAGAGCUGAAUCUGACAAGAAAGAUGACUCUCCUUCCUUUUCCCCACAAGUCUGAUUAAACCUCUCACUCUAAAAUGAACCCAGCACACUGAGCCACAGAAACAAGGGAGCUGAGGACCUGAGCCUUUGCUAAAGGUGCAGACUGGAAUGCCUUCAGAUACACUUGAAGGAGCCUUAGGAAGAAGUGAUGCUAUGAAAUUCCUUAAAAAUCGCAUCUGUGGCUGACAAGGGAACAUAAAUUAAAUUCUUACACCACAAAAGCAGCCAGCUCUUUUUUAAAACAGUUUCCAAAAGAUUAAUUUUCAACUAGAUCUGUUGCAGAAAUUCCCAAUCCUUCUGUUUAAGCGUGCAGUAAGCCGGCUGUAAUGAGUUCAUCCACAACAGAGGGAUGAUUUCCUUGUGUGACUAAGACAGUAAGUAGACAGAAGGAGGUCUAAUUAAAGUUGUAACAUCUGCCUUCUGAGCUCUAAGUGUGUCUACAGGCAAGCGUCUUUCGCUCCACUUCCUCCGCUCUUAUUUCAAAUGAAGAAGGGUAAACAAGGUAUCCGCCUGCUCCCACACAAUGCAACUAAUCUUCAGCAAGUGGCAUCAUCCUAAUUACCAUAACCAAUGAGUAUACUGUAACUGGGUGCUCUCAAAGAUUCAUAGCAUCUUCCAGCUUAACUUCCACAGCUGCUGGUGGAGAAGAGGAGGAGAAACUGAGGAGGGUGGGAGGACUGGAGUGGAGCACGUAACCUGCUUACAAAUUAACACCACAACCAAAGUCGGACAGCGUGAGUGAGUUUCUGCUCUCGCUGUUGAACCGUUCUGCCUGCUUUUGCGUGAGCCAUCUUCUUCUCGGUCUGCGGUCUCCACUUCUGACAGACCCCGCACAGUCGGAGCCCGCCCGAGCCGCAGCAGCGAGCCCUGCCCGGCUCUCUGCUCCCGCCGCUGCGCGAAGAGAUAAACCAACGGCAGACCGCGACACUGCGGGAGGUGACAGAUCCAGAUCCAGAUCGAGCCUCUGCAAUAACCACAGACACAUCGGCCAUGGCAUUUCUGCACAGAAUUUGAUACUACAAACUCGGGUCUGCUUGGUGUGGCAGUGGCGAUGACUUUCCACUCUUAACAGCCUCGAGAUGAGCCUUACCGUGGAGCCUGGCUCUGUACAAACACCCGGGCUGUAAGAACAAGACUUUAUCACCGAGCCCGGCUCAUCAACGACAAUAAAAGAGACUUUAUUGGUCAACGACUGCGCUUCUACUUGAAAGAAAAAGCACAUUACUCGCUGUAAAUCAAGCCAAGAGGAUCGAGCCUAAGUGCAAGACGAAUGGUUUGGGCAUGGUGCCCACGCCCCAGGUGUGCGUAUCAACCCUGGUCACAGUGAGCACGAUGGCAGUGGUGGACCUCUACCUGCUGGAGCAGAGCAUGCUGGGUGCUCGUGGUCUUCCAGGACCUAGCAUGUGGCAGUGUGCUGCGGUGUUGCUCGGUGAUGUGGGCUUCCUGCUGGCGCUGCGCUUUGUGUCGGCCGGUGUGGUGUCAGAGGCGCGAUCGCCGCGUCGUGGUUUUGCCAACGCCCUCUGGUUCCUGUUCCUGUCACUGCUCCAGCUCAAGCUCUUCUUUGUCUGCCAUAACUACAGGCAGGAGCGCCGCCCGCCAGAUCCGCUCGCCAGGAAGACCCUGACGCUGCUGCUGUCCAUCUGCCUGCCCUCCUUAUUUCUUAUCCUGACAGGAGCUGACCAUAUGACCCCGCAGCGCAGAAAGCAGGAGGUGCGUGGCCAGCUCUUGUGGGUUGUGGUGGACCUGCUGGAUGUGCUGGACCUGCAGGCGGGACUAUGGGAAGCCCAGGGCGGGGCUUCAGCGGGGAGUGGAGGGGUCGUUGAGCAGAGGCUGCCCAUUUGGGCGGAGGGCCUUGUCUUUUUUUAUUGCUACGCCCUCCUGCUGCUGUUGCCCUGCGUGGCUCUCACAGAGCUGGGUGCCACUGGCCUGCCAGGACAGAGGGGUCCCCGUAAGGAGGCUCUGUACCCUUGGCUUAGCUUGGUCACUAUCAAUAUCUUCACCCUGGCCCUGAGGGGCACAGGCAUGCUGUGGUACAGGGACCCCCGUGUGUCCACUGUGUUCCUGGGGAAGAACCUGUUGGCUCUGGCUGUGAAGCUGAGCUCAGCCUGGGAAAAACACCAGCAGGAGCGCGGUGCUGCACGAGCUGGGACUGUGGCUGGAGCAGAACCAGGAGACUCAACCCUGCCAAGCCAGAGCUCAGAGCAGGGAGAGGGCCAGGACCAGGGGAAAGCUCCUCCCUCUCAUUAUCACACACUGUCUCGGUCCCAAAGCCACUCACUCUCCCACGUGAGCAUAGAGCCCACAGGACCCUCUUUUAUCUCCCACGAACUUUAGAGAGUCACAAUGGAAAAAAAGCAUGUGCUCAAAUCAACACUUAAAAGUCGGACCAGCAGAGCCAGUAUUAAAUUUGUAUCGCGUUUCAGUACAACAACGAUAGGUCUAAUGCAGAGCUGUGGAAACGCAUUUGGCAAGCUUGGCUUUAUGCACAAUUUGUUGUGCUAAUAACUCAAAAUGCAUUGCUGAGAUUUGUGGGAGUGUAUUUUUUAAAGUGAUCACUGUGAACACAUCUAUCAGCCUGUAAACAAUAUUCCAGAAAUGUAUGUUGAAGUAUAUUGCCACAGAUUUGUUGAAUUUGUUGCAUUCAGACCCCGGUUUUUAAUUAUUGCAUUGUUUUACUGCAUUACUCCAUUUACAGUGUGUCAUUUUGCUUUACUUUUUUAAUUUUUGAGUUCAGGUCAUGUGGCUUGUCAAAAAAGGGAGAUCAACACUUUUCUUCCAUUAGAUGCCAAAAUACAGACCCUGACCUUUAGUGUACUUUUUUCCCUCGGUCACUUUACAGGGGCCUUUCAAAGAAAAAAGGUUUAAUACAGAGGAGUGAUGAUUUAUUUCCCCCUUCCUACAGAGCCAUGAUUCAAGUCCUAUUUGAAAAGAUUUGAAUUGCAUGAAGAGGUAAAGUUAUCCAGUUUUUCAAAAUAAAAAAGUAAAGUUGAGAAGAAAAUACAAAAUAGUAGCAGAUAUUUCACUCUUAUAGCCUACAUUUUUAUACUCUCAUGACAUCCAAGAUUUAUCUUAAAGGUCACAUGGAGAUGAGAUGUGUUUGUGUUUUUAGAGAUGCAUUCUGAACCGUCACAUUUGUUUUAGAACCACUUUUGCUGUGAAUGUUAAAACACCCUUGCAGCAAUGACAUUCCAACUAUUUACGGAAGACAAUGUUACCAUUAAUAAAAUCUUUCAACAGUAGGGCUUAAAGAUGGGCAUUUGGCAUCCUCUUAAUCCUAUUGCAACACAAACUACAGUACAGGUCUAUUUUACUACACGGUUUACAAAGACAGAAUACCAUUGUAAGUAAUCCCUUUACCAUUUCAGAACAGAUUUAAAAAUCAUGUUUUGCUGUGGUCUGUACUUGUUUUAAAGUCUCCAUCAUUUUUCAUUUUAAAAAAAGAAGAAAAAAACUGUCAAGUUGCCCCAGAUUAUUAAAAGUUCACUUUUUAAUUUUUAUUUAAAUUAUGAAUGGAGCCUUUUAUUCACUGAUUGGUUAAUGUGUGGGUGUUGUAGUAUUUGGUCAUCAUGGGAUUAUGGGUCAGAGCAGCAGGUGUAGAAGAUGUACAGUACAGUCAAGUGCCUUGUUUCCUCAUGGAUCUACAAGCCUCUACGUCGUCACGAGGUGUACACAUUAUGUGUACCAUGUGGAACUUGGACAUAUGCCAUGUGUACACUGUGAAGUUAUUCCACAGCUGCUGUCAGCUGCACCUCCAGGACAGAGUCAAAGCUAAUAAAGUGUUUCAUACUCGCCUAGUGUUGACAGUUCAUUGGCUAUUAUGUAGGAGCGUUAUUGGCAGCCUAUUACCCAAAUGGGGAAAAACAGGAGUCAGUCCUUAUUUAAGGCCAAGAGCCCUUAAUAUGUAUUAUAUAUUUCAAAAUCUACAUAUUUUUGUCAAUCAGCUCCCAUUCCACAGUCACAGAAAAUUGCAUGUUUAUGUUUUUUACGUGAACACGUUCAAGCAAGAAAAGGGUGCACUUUGCUUCAUGGUGCGACAUGCUGACAAAAGGGUAUCAUUUAUCACAAUUAUGCCAGCGGCCCCAUCAGCUUGGAUCCUCUCGCAGUAAUCUGUGAGUGCGCCGUCGUGUUGUCUGCCUUUAAUGUUUAAAGAGAGAUGGGGUGUGCCUGUCAAGAGUUGUAGUAAGUGUGUGAUGUUUUAGAGUGAGUCUCUUUGCUCACAGCCGCUGUGAAUGCACCCGCCGGCCUCGCCUCUGAGCUUAAAUGGUCCUAUUAAUUGAAAUUGAGGCAUUUGUCAAAAUGCAAGUGCUUAUUCUCAGUGCUUUACGCUUGAUUUACAGGCUAUAUUAACAGGAUGUAUUAAGACUAAUGUACACACUCAGGCACAAAAAGAAAUUCAUUUAAAGUGUCAGUGUGGAAUUUCUUUCCAGUUCAGAGAAACUUUUAAGGGAAAACCACAGAGGAAUGACCACAGUAGUAGACAGCAUCCAGCUCUAGCCUAUCCUCUUACUUUCACCCCCUCCUCCCUUGCUUACUCUACAUUUCAAACAUAAGCAUACUAGAUGCACUCCCUGUUGGGCAACUUCUCAUGUUUCUAUUAUACUAAAAGCAGUGACUGCAUAGGCAGCAGCCUCGGCAAAUGAAUACCUCCUACAAUUUUUUUUACACCUGUUAAGCUCUAAAUACAAUGCUCAGCAUUUUCCCUCAGCUCCCACCAACUCUCAUAACCUGCUCCUAAAGAAAAGUGCAUGAGCCACUCACAUUCCUAUUUUCUUUCUCCUCUUUCCGCUAUCUCAGGUGCUGUUUUAUUCUCCUCCAUUCGCCUGUUCUAAUUUCAAUCCAGCUCUUAAUUAUUCUCCUGUACCAAAGCUGUCAGUUUCCCUUUUUUGUCUCCCGCUCCUUCGUUUAUUUCUCUCGUUUGUUUAAAUUUGCCCCACAGCCGACAGGCAGCCUACCUCUCUGCACUUCCCCUGUCAAGGGUGGUUAGUCAGAGACGAAG